AUGAGUGACGAAAACAAUUCUCCAGUUAAGUUAGUCUUGGAGAAAAGCCGAGCAAAAACGCCAUUUGAAGAAGUAGUUUAUCAUUUUUCCUUUUUUGUUCAUUUUUUUUUUCUACUUUAGCACCGAAAGCGUUCACUGAAUGUUAUCGACGAUGAAGUGGAAACUGAUAGAAAGAGAUCAAAGUAUACUAAAACCGUUUUGAGUCCCCCAAAGAACGAAGUUCUGUCCGAUUGGGAUUCUUCUCCUAUGAAAGGUUUUGGUCGGGAUUUUUAAUAUGAAUCUUUAAUUCAGAAGCUCCUGAAGACUCAUUUGAUUCUUUCGAUGCCCCGAUAACCUACAAUUCUGGUUUUUUCAAAGAAAACCUAUUUGAAUUAAUAGAAAUUAUAGGGGCCAAGAGCAAAACUAGAAGCUCGCCGAUUUGUACAACAGAUCCUUUUGGGGAAGACGAUGUCGCCAGCCAAAUUGAGGAAAAAAUUUCUCAAGGUGGUUUUCUGCUCUCUUUUUACGUUUCAACGAAAAAUUUGUUAAGAAAGCGGUGUCCAAGGAUUUCCGGACGUUCGAAACGAGAAAAAUAUGCGCCGGUUCACAGUAAAUCACGCGAAUUAUCGUGACGGUUGUUUGGAUUUGGAAUGCGAGGCUGACGGAUCAAUUUCUAUGGUUUAUCUUCAGGUAAAUAAAAUAUUUUUUUCAAAAAGUCUACAGUUAUUUUUUUAAAGGAUCAGUGGAGUGAAACAGAAGUUGGGAAAGGCGACGUGAUACGGAUUAUCGACGCCGAGCCUUGGGGUGAAAUGGUUUUGUGUCACUUUUUUUAUAUUUUCAAUGUACUAGAAUGGUCCAAUCUUCGAAUCAUUUCUUUUGAUGAAGGAUUUUUUUUCUGAAAGGUUUAGAUGAAGAAAAGUUGGAAAAACAGCACUAGGCUGAUAAAAAGAAGGAAAAAAAAAAGUCUUCGGCGGCCCAUUUCGGAAAUUUCUUAUAACUCUGCUCUUUCAAACACUUCAAGUAACUUCUUCGAAUAGUUUUUUCAUUAGACUAUUUUUUAGGACUUCAUGGUGACCUCCGAGAAAGGAAUCGUUAUUGUGAAUCCUGACACUUUGAUUCCAUGCACUUCAGUGGCCUCUUCCUCCUGGUGCUCGAGAAAAGUUUGAAACUACAAAAAAGCUGAAAAAACAACUUCAAAACCGAACUUCAGGUCGUGUUGAAUGAAAGAUUCCGUUUUGGAUGCGAAGGGAACAAAGCCAUGUUAUUAGGUACCAUUGUCCACGAACUUUUUCAGGUUUUCAAUUAACCUUUUUUUUAAAUUAUAAUUUUUUCAGUUAGGAGUACAGGAAACGGUGAACCUAGUCACUCGGGAAUGGCUCCUCGACGUUUGGAGGCACAAAUUGUGGCCGAAUUGCACCGAAGAGUUGAUUGCGCUCCAUUUCACACCGACAAGCUUUGAGAAUGAGCUCCAGCCUUAUCUGGAGGUGAUUGCUUGAAAAAGAAAAAUUGAAAAAAAUUUUAGGAAAAAUUCGUUUUUUAGAGUUUUGAUCAAAUUUUCAAAAAAAUUUUUGUUUGAAAAACCCGAAGACUUGCGAAAAACUUUGAUUUCUCGGCGUUUAAUUGGAAUUUUCAUAUUGAUUUUAGCUGAAUUUCUUUCGUAAAGUGUAUUUUUGAUUUCCUUUUUUCUCACCUGGUCGAAGAAACUUUAGAGCGGGUAACUUUUUCCUCUCGAAAUUUUUCUAAAAUAUACUUUAUUCAUUUUUGAAUUUUUUAUAUGGAAUUUCAUAUCUAAAGGUCGAGUUUCAGAAUGCGGAUUUUCAACUUCUUUGAGUUUUAAGUCGCGAAUUUCAAAUGAAAAAAUCUUUUUAAAAAAUGGAUUCAGAUGAUUGUAACCUGGAUAAAUGCCCACAUCCCACGAUCCGGAUAUACUCCUAAAGAGCUCCCUUCAGGUUCUUCAGUGACUGAGGUAAGAGAAAUAAAUAGAAUUCAUAAAGAAAAACCAGUGUUUUUUAUAAAAAGUAACAUAAAUCUUGAAAAAAAAGUUUUUUGAAAGAGUUAUAUUUUUCCGUCACUUUUGAACUUUGUUGACCUGUUAAAAUUUAACGAAUGACCUCAUUAUUGAUCACUACAUUUUUUUUUUCCAAAAAAACUGUACCACAGGAAUUGGAACACUGAAAAAAACGUUACAACGAAAGUUAUUCCACUUUUUUCUUCGGAAUUCCCUAAAAAAAAUUGUCUAGUACACUUUUUGGUGUCCCAGCGGAAGUUUCUGAAAUUUUUUAACUUGCCAAGCAUUCUAGUUUUUUGAGAAUGGACACUUUAAAACCGAAGAAACCCCUGAAAAUUCGUCGAAAAACGCUAUUUUGGUAUUUUAGCUUUCACCUCUCGACAGAUAAAAAUCUUUGUAGGUUGAGACUUUCAAAGUUUAAGAGCUGAUUUUCGGGUUGUUUAUAACCGCAAUGAAAUGUUUCAUCUUUCGUUAGAAUAAAGUAAGUACCGUAAAUCUGAAGAGGAAAAGAAAUGUCUAUGAUUUCCACAGUAUAGUCUGUUCAGCUUUUGAAUGUCAAGUCGUAGCUCAAGCUUCGCCCAUAAUGGCACGUUAAACCAAUCAGAGAGCGAGCCAUCCACAGAGUGUUUUUGAAUGACGUCAUUGCACUUGACAUUCAAAAUAUGAACAGACUAUAGGAUCAAUAGGAUCAUAAUGAUCCGUCUUUAAGAUUAAUUCUCGUUGAAAAUAUCAGUUUUUGUUCCUAUCUAUUCCAAUAAUUUAUAGGUUGAAGAUAUCGAAGAAACCAUAUGGGAUCCGUUGAUUGGUGUGAAAGGCAAGGUCGACGUAACUGUCAAGGUUUUCGGAAAUAAUGAAAAUUGUGAGAAAUAGAAAGCAUUAACAGACGAGGAACAAGUUCGGAAAGGAUUCGAUUGAAUCAAUCGAGUUGAAAACGGGCAAAAGCGGCGCUUCGGCCGACCAUUCUGCACAAGUUUUCCUGUACUCCUUGAUGCUGUCUUCUCGGUACAAUCAGGAGCUUCUUCAAGGGAAUCUGCUCUAUUUGAAGGUGAAUAGAGUCAGAAAAAGUAAAAUAAUUCUUUUUAAAAAAUCCCCGCGGUUUUAAUAAUGAUUUUAAGAUUGUUUUUUGAAAAUACUUCGUUUUCUUAGCUCCUCAAGUAAUGGGUCCUGGCACGAUCAAUGGAAACGGCAAUUUAAUAUGCUUAUUUCAUUCAUAAGUGAACUUGAAAUUGAAUACGAUUCGAAAAAGCAAUAAAAUGUCUUAACAAUUUACUAUUUCAUGAUUUUACUGUUCCACAAAUAACUUAAAAAGCAUGACUGCGUGUAUAUAUAAAUUAACUUAUACCAUGCUUUUCGAAAUGAAAUCUUGAAAGACCUAAAAUUACACUGGAACGGACAUUUUUUUUUCGAAUUUAUUCUGUAUUGUUCCAAAUGAUUCUUCAAUUCUCAAUCCUUAUUCUUUCAUUAUUCGAUUAUCCAUUCUUCAAAGCCAUUAUCUUUCAAAUCAGUGUGAACCCUGAAGAGCUCACUCGGAACUUGAACUUAUUGGCGUGUUCAUCGGGCAAAACGAAAAUUGCUUCAAAAUAAAAAUUAGUACUAUUUUGAAGCAACUUCGGCGCGCCGAUGAACAAGAUUUUUUCGUUUUGAAGCAUGUUCCGUUUCUCCGAUGAAAAACGCCAUAAAAAGAAUCAAUUAAUUAUUCAUUAUUAAAAAAACUCGUUCUGUUUCAAAUGAAAUCUCGUCCAAAUAACAUGAAAACUCAAACUUAUCUUUUAUAAAUGAAGGACGGCGUCGGUCGGCCAGUUGUUCCACGAGCUCUCGAAUUGAAAGGCGUCCUCCAGACGAGAAACACCUUGGCCAAGUACAUUGGCAACGCCGACUGGAGAUCCUUGCCCGGUUCGGAUUUGGACUACUUUUUUUCCAAAUAUCAUAUUAUGAUAAAUCAUUUAUUUCUGUUUUUUUUUGUUUCUUCGGUUUUUUCAUCUUUCAAACAUGAUAGGCUUGAUUCGAAAACGUGCUGAACAAAAUCCGAUAACUUUUUUCAUGUUUAACACGCUGUCUCCGUAAUUUUUAAAAGUUCUUUUCGAAAGCAGGAUACAAUAAAAAUUUUUUCUUAAUACCGAUGAAACUUCACCCAUUUUGCAAUAAGACCGGUAGGACGGAUCUACUUGAAGGGAUAUCUAUUCGUAGGUAUUGCUGAGAAAAAUUUUUCAAGAAAGUUAGCAGCCUGGGUCUUUCCAAUAACACACCGGGCGACGGGAAAACCGAGAUCGGAGACACAAAAAGCACCGUAACUCAAAAAUUUCUACAGUAAUCCAUCUUGGUGUAUACUGAAAAAAAUUUUUUUAAUUGCUUUCCCUUUUUGAUUGAUUUAAAAUAUGCCUAGUAGAAUAGUUUCUUAGAUACGCAAGGACGAACCUGCCUACCGUAACCAAGCUUCGGUAGGAGAAAUCUCUCUGAAAAACUUGCGUCGGCAUUUCUGAUGUCAAACUACCCCAGUGAAGAAGUUUUAUUGAAAUCAUAUUUGUUGAAAUCACUGCUUUUGAGAUUUACAGAGACGGCGUUUUAUAUUCGGAGCUGAAUAAAAAAAUCUCAAGCAUUUUGUGCAAUUGAAAGAUUCAAGCCGUUAAAGUUUACUAGACGUUUUUUUGAAUAGGAAAAAAACAUAAGCUCUCAUUUUGAAAAAUGAAGCUUUUUAUAUCAGUUAAUAGUUUUUUUCGAUUUUUUUGAAAAAUCCUUUUAUUGAAGUUUUCGAAUUUGGUACUUGUGAAAAUUAAGUAUUUAUCAAAUAAAAAGCAUUGGAUAUCAUGGAAAUUUCAUUGAAACACGAAUAAUCCAUUCUCGUAUGAAAAAAAAUGUUCAGAACCCCGACGAGAUCCGAAAUUUUGCGAGAAGUGUGAGCAAAAUGUGAUGUGCUCCUUUUUCCAGGUUAGUUGAACCUGAAAAAUUGUUUUUCUUCAAUUUUACGAUUAAAAUUCCAGUCCAAAACGGAGGAUUUUGCGAAAUCCUCAGAACUCAUGAAAUCCUUUGCUCUCGCCCAAUUGUCACACUUAUCCACCAAGCAGCAAGGUUUUGAAAAUAUUCAAAAAAAGGACUUUUAAAUGUUACUUUUGUUCAGAAUAUUGCUGUCGAUGGAUUAAGAUUCUUUUCGCCGAAUGGGCUGAAGAAAAGAAAGUUAAUGGGGCUAGUUUACCUCAAAUUUGGCUCGCUUCACCUGAAGAACGGUUUUAAAAAAGCAACAUAUGGAAAAAAAAAAUCAUUUUUUGUUCAGAGAAGCUUCCAGAACGUGUAUCAGCAAUUUGAGCGUUUUUUUUGAAGUUCCAGUCCAAGGAGGGUUCAAAGUUACACUGGAAAGGUUUUAAUGAAAAACUGGUCAAUUUUUAAAGGCUUACUUUUAAAAAUAGGCUUUUAUCAGAAAACUUGAAAAUUGAGCCGCGAAUAAAAUGUAAAACUUGUUCAAGUUCGCUCCAUGGACAACGAGGGCUCAAUAGACUAAUAAUUCGAAUAGCACAGUUUUCUCCAAAAAAAAAAACUAUUGACAUAAGUUCAUUUAUUCCAUUGAAAAGAAUCAAUAUUGGUCCAGAAGUCAUUUUACAGUUUCUCUGCCCUCUUUUUUAGUUGAAAAUAUUUUUUAAUCGUUCGUUUCCUGUUCUUCUUCCUUCAAAAACACUUUUCAGAGUUGAACCUCUGCCGGAAAAUGUGCUGAAUGUUGGCGAUAUGUGCAAUGUUUCCACAGGCAAGAAAUAUGGCUUGGUGAUGGGCUUUGUCGUGGAGAUUCUGGGUAGUUUUGAUGAAAAAAAGACAAUCUUCAUUUAAUGUGUUUAGAGUUCGGAUUAGUUAUCCGAUGUGAUAGAUCGAUUAGAAAAACGGGUGAGAUUUUCCAUUUGGACCGACACAACAGCUUCUCCACGUACAGCACCACGUUGGGAAGUCUGCUCUAUCUGAUGGGAACUGAUUCAAACAGGUUUCGGCUGAUUUCAGAACUUGAAAUCCUGGAAAAAAGUGCAAAAGGAAUUUUAAGAUCACUUUUUUCACGGCUUAGGAACGCUAAAGUGGUUCUUAUAGGGACAACCUCAGGGGCCUCGAAGGUUCCCCUAUUGGGACUACUUUACCUUCCCUGUAGAGAACAUUAAAGCUUCGGUCAUUCGGUCAAAGUCGGUCUUUUUUCUGACCUCUAUGAAAAAAAGAAUUUUCAUUAGAAAGGUUUUAAAAGACCCCUGUUGGGGCCACUCAAGCUUUAGGGCUUAAAGAAAAGACCCUAAACCCCUAUAGGGACCACUUAAGUUUUACUCUUAAACGAGCAAUUUUUGUCAACUAACUCCUAUAGGGUAUCUAUCUUAUUAUGGCUUUUUUUUAAAGAAUAAUCUGAUAUUUUGAUUUUAUUGAAUUUUUUCCAGUUUUGAAAAGUUUCAACAAAUUUAUCUUCAUUCUAGUACGCGUCUCCGCAAUUUUGUUGUCGAUUUGGCCUCGCCAGAACCUCUGAUGGUCACAAUGGAACCAUCACCUGAAGUCCGAAAAAUCAUCGUCAAAGCCAACUUGAACACGGAACAGAGAAAAGCUGUCCUCUACGCCUUGAUUUCCAACGAUUAUUUUAUCAUCGAAGGUUUUCCAGGCUCAGGUGUGUUCAGAAAAGAGCUCGGAAAAAAAAAACCGUUGAAAAGUAGGAAGUAAGAAUUUUCCACCUCAUCUAGUUUGGGUAGGCUUCGUGGAGGAUUUUUUACAGUAAGAAUUUUUUACUCUGAUUUUAUCGGAGAACGUUUUGAGAUCUUUGAAAAGCGGAUAAAUAAUUUUUUGGGGGAUACCAAAUGGCGGCAGAGUAGUUUGGUGCUUCAAAAAAAUGGAUAAAAAAAGCUUUUUGAUUAACCAGUAAGAAAAUUUCAGGAAAGUCGACUGUCAUCGCUGUUCUCGUUCAAUGUCUUGCGGCGAUGGGCCAAAGCGUCCUUUUGUCGGCUUUUACCCAUUCGGCCAUCGACAAUGUUCUGGCAAAGUUGGCCAAGGUAAACAUUUUAGAGGGAAAAUCAAGUGAAAGAAAAAAUUAAAAAAACAUUCCGGUAAUUUUGAGACUGGGGAUAAGGUGGGAAAUCCAAAAAAAUCUGUGAAGUGUCUCAUUAUUUUUUGCCCAACCGCGAAGCCAUUAUUUCCACAACUAUACAAAAAUCGGUAGCUUUCGCUUUCAAGGUAGAACAAAAUCAUGAAAUCAAGAGGAAAACAAAAAUUUGAAAUAAGCUGAGAGUAAAAGUAUAAGGACCUCAUGCUUUACUAAGUGCGAUAUGAAAGAAAUAAAAAAAUUCAGAACGUGAACUCGGACUUCGCAGUAAGACUAGGAAAGUCUCACGCGAUUCGCGACGACGUUCUUCCGAUGGCUCUGGAGACGAAGAUGAAAGACAUCGUUGAUAAAAACCGCUACGAAUUCAUGCGGAACAUCUUGAAAAAGACGGUAGUUCUGACUGUACCGAGCCAGCUUGUCACGUUUUUCUUCUGGCUUGAUUACCGUAUACCAGGGAUAGGCGGAAUCCCGCAACUGGCAAAUCUUCGGAAGGGAGUUGGGAGGUCUUUUAAAAGUAAAAAUGGAAGAUGCCUGCCAAAAGCCUAAGGCUAAGCCUGCUAGAAAGCUUCUGGAAGGCUUGUGGAAGGCGUUCGACCAUUUACUGGAAAGCUUCCAAACGCCUUCCGAGAAACCAAAGCAGAUCUUCCCAACUUUUACUUGAGAAAAAAGUUCAUUCACAGUUUUCUGUGAAGAAAUGUUUCGCCUAUCUCUGCCGUAUACUUCUAGCUAAACGUUCUUAAGCAAGAGUCUAAAAAGGCCCCAAAAAGUUCGGUUUUCCCACUUUUUGGUUAAAUGUGACAAGUUCGCGCGGAAUCAACUUUUUCGUCGUAUACCCCGAAUGAAACGCGUUCAAUGCAGCCAGUCGUCGCAUGCACCUGCCACCACGUCGUCCGCGAGUUGCUCUUCUCCUGGCGUCGCUUCGACGUCUGCAUCGUCGACGAGGCUUCCAUGGUUCUCGAGCCUGUGCUUCUGCCGCCCCUAUCAGCCGCCAAUCGAUUCGUCUUCGUCGGGGAUUGCCACCAACUCGCGCCUUUGGUCCAGUCCAAGUCUGCAAAGUUGGUCCUUGGACAGUUUCAGAACUUCAUUAGGACGGAGGGAGGGGUUAACUAAUAAAAAUUUGAAAAAUGAGGAAUGGAAAUAAUUUUAAUCUGUGGACAAAAUGAAAGUAAGUUUUAAUCUGUGGAGGUAGUACUGGCUUGAACUUAGGAAGGCUCAGGAGGUCUGUUCAUAUCUUGAAAGCAUAUGGAGGGAAAACUUCUAACUUCAAACGAUAAACUUUUGAAAAUUGUACUUUAAGCAACGAAAUUUCUGAAUAGAGCUUGAUGGGCGAUUUCGAUAUCUGCUAGAGUUUCCUUUUUUCGCAAAGACUACUCCUUAAGUUUGAAAAGAAUGCAGCAGUUCAAAAUCUAUCUUAUGCUUCCCUUUAGACGCGUUCAUCUCAGAAUUUAGCAAGUUUCGUGAAUUUUCAUAUGGAUAUUCGGAAUUACAACGAAAAAAAACUUCUAACAACAAACUUCCAACCUCCAUAAGUGAUUUUGUAAUGCUUAUGCUCUUUUGAGUAAAUAUUCAAAGAGAAGUCUUUAGAAUGGAAGGCGCUGGAACUUCUUUGAUGCAACGUCUUCAGCAGCACAAGCACGCCGUUGUUUCGCUCAGUUCGCAGUAUAGAAUGAAUAGGUUUACUCACGAGGGAGUUGUGUUUGACAGUCACUCGAACUGCAAAGGAAUCUCGGUUGAAAGAAAUUUCAGGACCUUCUUGAUCCAGAAAAAGGAAAUUUUACGUGGAAGAUCUUUUAUUCGAAUCAUACCGGAUUAAAAAAAGUACAAAUUUAUAGAGAAAAAAAGGUUUUUUUAUGUAGUUUUUUUGAAACGUCAGACCUCAAUCUGAAGACCUGUUUCGAUCAAACUUCAUCUUUUCUGGAUUUGGGAGGUCCUAGAACAAUUUUCAGUCUUUAACUGGUCAACGAAGCCUUAAUCAAAAGUUAAACCGGUCAACGAAGCCUUGAAAGCUUGAAGCUUUGUAGUCGCGCAGAAAAUCGAGUCACAUUUUGGGUUUUCAGAACGAUCGCCAAAAUAUCCAGCGAAUUGUUCUACGAAGGUAAACUCGUCUGUGGAACGGAAAAAGUUGCUCGCGGAUGUUUGGAUCGCAAUGGCGGUUACGUGAUUCCACCGGAUUGUUCAGGUUGAGAUGUAUCAAUUUAUUCCAGGGUAAAAAAAGAAAAUCUGUUCUUUCAGACUUGGAACUGAUAUUAGAUGCUUGUUUUUCAUUGAACUUGUGCUUCAUAAAACUUCAAAUUUUGAGAUGGAUUAAUUAAAUUUCUUGUUUUGAUCUAGUUCAUACAAAAAAACUAAAACAAAAAAAUUAGACCAGUUUAGACGGAAAAAUAUCGACUUUCUCAGAAAAAUUAAUGAGAUUUCAUCAUGAAAGCUGUUCGCAAAAAAAACUAUGUCCGAUUUCAAGUUUAGAAAAAGCUUUAAAAAGGCAUAUUUUUGGAAAACAAAUCUUGCCUUUUUCGAAACCUUACGUAUAACGGAAGGCGUGUUGAGUUUAAGUUUUUUUUAUUUUAUCACCGCGGCGAAACACAUUACAGUAAGAAAUAGUGCUCUAGAGCAACUUAGACGUUGUUGAAAUAUGCGUAGAAGUGUCGCAACAAGCAAAGGAAAAUUUCAUUGAUUUUUUUCUCUGUAAGACGAGAUGAAAGCUGUGCUCGACGGUUCCUUGGAGCGUUCUUGCGUUUUCGUCGACACUCGCGCGAAUUCUGACCCGCAAAUGCAGUGUCAACCGACGAGCGGCGGCGUGACCAAUCCUGGCGAAGCUCGGAUCGUCGCCGCGAUUUGUCGCGACUUCUUGAGGGUUUGUUAAACUUUCGAGCUUGAAGUUAUUCUGCUCUCAGGCUGGAGUACCACCUAGCGAAAUCGGCGUCAUGUGCGCUUACCGGCGACAAAUCGACGUCAUCCGCGAAUUCUCCGAGUUGAGCCAGCUUGAGGUAUCACUUAAGGGGACUAGAAAUAAUUUUGACUGCAGUUGUAGGUGUUGUAGUAGAGAAGUAAGCAAGGUUAUUCGAGAUGUUUUUAUUUUUUGAUAUUGAGACAAGACAAAGUUUUCGAAAUGAGAUCGAGAUCGAGUUAAAGGCUCAAAUAUGAAAUUCUUGCCUCGAUUUUUCGAGACCAGAUUAUUUUUUUCGAGACAAAAAUGUUGGUUUUUAGGUCACAAAUGCCAUUUUUGAGCCUUUAACUCGAUCUCGAUCUCAUUUCGAAAAAUUUUGUCUUGUCUCAAUAUCAAAAAUCGAGACAAGAAUUUCACCUCGUCACGAGAUCUCGAACAAUUCCAGGUGUGGGGUUUAUUGUUUCAAAUUCAGUUUUGAUAAUAUUAACCUCGCAAAUUUUGUUCUGGCUCCCCUCUGUGCAAAGUUCUGCAAAUGAUUUUUCAAAAAAGACUUCAGAGUAGCUUUCUUCGAAUAAGUCCCCUCAAUCUCGAAUUUUAACUCGAACCUGAACAGGUGAACACGAUCGACCAGUUCCAAGGACGUGACAAGAGCGUGAUCGUGUGGUCGACAACUUGGACCGACUCCGGCGCUCGGGUCAGUUACGAAAUCGUCAAGAACCUCUGUAGUCUUUCUGAGUGAAUGACAGAAUAGCUUGUGAUGAGUAGCCUCUGACUGAAAAGCUUGAAAAAAAAUGGGCCAGGCAGAAAAUCAUCUUCUUCAUUUAAUUAGUGCAAUUUUGGUUUCUCUAUUCAAUUUCAAUUCAGAUGGUCUCUUUGGAUAUGUUGAGAGUUGAAGCAAAUGAAAAGAGAAAUUUUGAAAAAGCUAGUUCUGAGAAACUUUUGGGCUUCACUUCCUCGGACCAACGCGAACCGGACGCCCCACCGACGUUUCUGAGCAUUUCGAGUAGUAACUUAAGGGAACUGAAUACGCUAAACUUAGGAAUUCCAGAGUGGUCUCUAUGGGAGUUAGGAGAAAAACAACCCUUCUAAAAGCCGAAAAAGUGGUUCUUUAGGGGUAAAGUUGAAAUGGUCCCUAUAGGGGUUCAGGGUCUGAUCCUUUAGCCCCUCAACCUCAAGUGGACGCUAUAGGGUUCUUUCAAUUCCAUUCAAAAAACGCUUAUUCAGUUUUUCCCAUGGGAAUGCUUCUUCGCUUAGAGUUCAAAACAGUUAUUGACCAGCAUAUUCCCUACAGGGACCUCUAACUGAAAACCAUCAUAGGGAUCACUUUUGCAAGCUUUAGUGGUCCCUAGAGAACACCCUCCCAGGACCCCUAAGAUUGGCCCUAUAGGAACCACUCUGGAGUUACUAAGAAAGGAAAUACUGGAAAUACUCAGAAACGUCCGAGUUUAAAUGAGCGGAGCCGAGCGCUUUUCGAGGCCCUUUUUGAGGCUAUUUUUUGAACGGCGCUUUUUUUGCGGCUAGUUUCAUGAUUCUUAUCACUGCGGCGAUUUUCUACAGUAUAUUCUGUCAUUUACCCGUCGUUUUCAUUGAGCGUCGAGGCCAGAAAUGAUUGCGUUUUCGUGUCGUCUUUUCCUCGUUUACCCACAUGCUUGCUUUGGCCCAUUCAUCGUCGAGGCGAACGUGUCUUGCUGUUUGCCAAAUCACCCAACGUGAUCAUUAAAAGCCAAUCGCGGAUAAUCGCUCCUUCUUCUCACUUUCCCCCCUCACGAUUCUUUUCAGAGGAGCGAACUGCUGCGCGAAAAUCGUCGGUUGAACGUGGCGAUCACUCGCGCCAAGCACAAGGUCGUCAUCGUCGGCUGCGGAAAAAGUCUCGAGACGAUCCCCGCCUUCUACAGUAUCCUCAAGGCCAUUCCCAAUGUCGUCUCUUUUUGCUGA